AUGCUCAUGAAUACGCUACAGCUAUGGCGGAAGCGGGCGCUGGGGCUACUUGAAGACGCCACACGUGCAGCUGCCGGCAGCAGCGAAGCGGCAACGGCAACGGCAAUGGCGGCGGCGCCAUGCAUGAUGUCAAUUGACGAGAACAUAGACAACAACUCGUGGAACGAUUGUGUAAAAACGCUCAUGGAUGAGUUGCAGAAGAGGCCGGUGGAGCCGGUGCCUAGUUUGAAUAUGGUGCAGGAUUCGCACGAGCGAACCUGCCUGCUACAGAUGUGGAAUGAUUUACAUAAUAGACACUUUCCUGAUAGUAUUCCUCCUAAAGAGGAUGAGAUAUACUCCGUGGAGGAGCAGCAGCAACGGGUAAACAGAGUAGAUAAUCUUAUAGCAGCAGCGAUGUCGCCAAUAUCGGUGACGGCCGCGCCCUCUAGAUGUAGUGAGGUUGCUGUUGCUGCCGCUCCUACCGUAGACAACUUGCAAGCGGUGUGUCUAGGAAUCGUGCGAGAUUAUGAAUCCAUAGUGGAGCUACUAGACAAUGAGACAGAGAUAGACAAUUGCCGUGGUAGUGAUAAUAGUAGUAGUGAUGCCAUGAAACUACCUGAGAGUAUACGACAUGUCUACGAUGCGAUGCGCAGGCAAUUAGAAAACACAGCGAAUAGCGACGACGCUGACGGCAUGCUCGCCCAGUUGCGUGCGGCCCGUCGCGCCUUAGAUGUGGACCCCGCCGGGCCGCAGGCGACGCUGCAGCAGGGGCGUCAGCAGAAGAACAUAGAGCGCGUGGCGCGUGACGCCCUCUUCGCCUACGCAGAGGCGACACUCGGCCUGCUCCAAUCGUGCUACGAUGAGUACGCGGCGAUCCUCGACCGCCUUCUCUCCGCUGUGCGCGGCGGCAGUUCAGGCAGCGAGAAACUCGUCGUCUCCGCCGCCCAUAUCGAGGCGGUCGAGGCGCUGGAGGAGGAGCGACGCGCAGCGAAGGUGAAGCAGGAGGCACUGGAGAAGCUCAUGGGCGAACUCGGGCGCGUGCGGCGCGAGCGCGACGAGGAAAUUGGCGCGCUGCAGCACAACUUCACACGCGCCAAGGAGGUCUGGCAGAACGAUCUCUCCGUCCUCCAGGCGAAACUCACAACGCUGCAGAGCAGCAUGACACGAACAACGGUGGUGGUGCCCGCUAACAGCACCGCGCUGGCGUCGCCACGGCAAGAGCUGUACGGCGAGAACGAGGAGGCCAUGCACGGCAGCGGUGACAACGACAACGACGCCAUCACGCGGUGGGCAACCCGGCUUGCAUGCAGCGGUGGCGAGCUGCGCGGCAGCAUUGUAGCGAUGCGGCUCGAGCGCUUCUUCAACUGGGCGCUGAAGAACGUAGUUCCGCUUUGCGCCGGCCACAACACCAACUGCAUCUUGGAGCUCGUCAUAUGGGCGAUGCGCAACCACAUGGCGCUUCUGCAAACCGCCGCGCAAGUCUUUGGCAGCAACGCUAUUGGUGAUGACACCGAGACGGAUCUUUGCAGCGCUCUGCAGUUUUUGCACCAUAAGCACGUGGCGUUAGAACAACUGAUAGAACACUGCGUCGGUGGCACAGACGACGGCACCUCCGACUACGCUGUGGUGGAGAGCCGACUGCGCGCUCUACAAGACUGCGAUGCGUUGGUGCACAACAUUCACAGUCUUCUAGGCACCACACGCAACGCGGACAUAGAGCCGGAGAUAUUAGAUCUCCUGCGUACUCGUGCUGAGAUGGCCGACGUGCAAAACAUAACAGGCGCGACCGACGACACGGUGGCCGUCGUUACGGCGCAACGUGACGAACUCCAGAAAAUGAGGGACUCACUGCAACAACUCCUAGCAGCAGACGAAAUCAUGGGUGCAACAACAGAGGAAUUGAUCAAGCAGGUGCCAGCCCUGCACGCGACACAGGAAGCACUCGCACAAACGCAAGAUUUACUUGAAACAACGGCGAACGAAAUGGAGCUGCUCGCGAAGCAAUCCGCACUGCAACACGACGAACUUGAGCAACGCAUUCACCUCGUAAAUCAGUACUUCACACAGCACCCAUCCCACCAAAACACGACGGGUACAAUCACAGAGGCAGCCGUAGCUUCUAUCCUUCACACCGAACCUCAACACGCCACGAAUAAAAUUUCACAACUCCUCCAAGAACUNGAGGAGAUGGGCAGCCAGCCGCUGCUGCCGCAGUGCCAGCGCAUGGCGAACGAGAUGGGCGCGCUGCGCGCCAGUGAAGAGCGCUACCGCUCGCUUGUGGGCGAGGAGGUUGAGUGUGGCGCCGCAGCAGAGGGCAGCGACCCGUCGACGCGUGCACAGUGCCUGCGCGGCAUUGAGUCGGCGCUGGCGACCCUCGGCGUGGAGGACAGCGAGGAGCCCGCGGCGGCAGCCAUUCUGAGGGCGGCCGAGGACGCCAAGGCGCGCGAGGAGGACCUGCACGGCAGGCUGGACGAGGCCGCCGAGCGUGAGCGUGUUCUGGAGGCGAAGCUUGGUCAGCUUGCUCACGCAGCGGAUGACCUGCGCUCCGCACUGGACGGCGGUGCGCCAGUGGCCGACAGCAGCGAGGAGGCGACUGUCGUUGGCGACCGUGUGGUGGAGACACUGAAGCGACUGCAGGCUGGCAGCGCUGCGGCGUGCUCUGUCAUGUCAGCGGCAAUGCAGCAGGAUGAGGAGAUGGGCAGCCAGCCGCUGCUGCCGCAGUGCCAGCGCAUGGCGAACGAGAUGGGCGCGCUGCGCGCCAGUGAAGAGNCAGGACGAGCAGAUGGGCAGCCAGCCGCUGCUGCCGCAGUGCCAGCGCAUGGCGAACGAGAUGGGCGCGCUGCGCGCCAGUGA